CCUUCCGCAGAGCUGCACAAGCAUUUUGCAUUAUCGCCCUGGAGUUCCUCUCUCGAUACGUUCUUGGGGUUCCGCUGCGGGCCUUAUAGAACGUUAUAUUCAAAUUUGAUUUUUUCCUGCGGAGAGGAACUCUGAAUUUUAUUAUAGAUCCUAAUCAGGACAUUUACCUAACUUUAAACCCAGGUUCCAAGAAUGAAAGAGGUCACGAAGAGAGGAAGUCAAGCAACAUCUGCAUUAGCAUUUGUGGAAGGAGGAAUUCAGGACGCAAGUGAUGAUUCUUGCAGCAUUUGCCUUGAGACUUUCUCUGAGAGUGAUCCUUCAACAGCUACUCAUUGCAAGCACGGUUUUCAUCUUCAGUGCAUUCUGGAAUGGUGUCAAAGGAGUUCUAGUUGCCCAAUGUGCUGGCAAAAAAUUAGUAUGGAAGAUUCAGAGAGCCAAGACUUACUUGAGGCUGUGGAACAUGAAAGGAAUAUAAAUUCUAAUCCUCCAAGGACUGGAUCAAUAGUUUACCACCCUGCUCAGGGAAAUAUUGAAUUCCCACAAUUUGUGGUGGGCAUAAGUAACAGUGAACUUGAAGAGCACGUCAUGCACCGUAUGGCUGCCGCUGCUGCAAUUGGAAGAACUCACCACAAUCAAAGGAGGGAGGGAUCUAGAAAUCCAGUUGUUGCUUCAUCAUCUGCAUCUGUCCACAUGCUAAACAGUUAUCCAGAAAUCUCUGUUGGUAGUAGCUCUUCUGGCAAGUCUUCCAUGACAAAUCAAGAGAGGGCAGGUCCUUCUGAUUUCCAGUCAUUCUCAGACACUUUGAGGUCUCGAUUCGGGGCAAUGUCGAUGAAAUACCGAGAAUCUUUUUCAAAGUCUAGAAAAGGGUGGAUGGAAAGGCUCUUUUCUUGAGCUACUUAUUUAAGGGUGCUCAAAAUGAAGUGCCAUCUGAUAAUAGCUCUGGUGCAUUGACCGCAAAAUCACUUUGACGUUAAGCAUCACCACUUAAAAUGAUUUAAUUGGUAUAAUUGGCCAUAAAAUGCAACAAUUCAAAUACAAUGAGGGCAUGAGGAAAUUAUUGUGCGCUUUUUUUGUAUGGGCGAAAGUGCUGGGGCGAAAGAGGAAGAGAAGAUAGAGAUGAGACACAGAUAGACAUCAUCUGCAUAUGUUGUCUUACAUUGCCUACAUACUAUAUGAAGCUGUAGAUACAUAUAAACAUUGGAUUGGUCUAAUGUCAAUAAAACAAAACGUGACCUUUGUUUCUAACUUCAGUAAUCCUUGCAUGGUUUUGCCUACGUAGUUAUUCAUGUUAAAAUUGGAUUUCACUAUUUUGGAACAUUAAUCAUGUAAGGUAUUACGUUUAUUAGGUUUUGGAGUGGACCAAGUUUCAGAACCAGACCAAGAAUGACCGGCUUUGGCAAGGGACUGGACCGGGUUGCCAAUUCCAGACCGAAACAGACACAUUUGUCGAAAAUGGUACCAGUCUACUAAAUUAGGACUGGUUUUAAUUCUUUUGUAUUUCUGGUAUAAAAAUGCGUUAAGAAUCAAACCUUGCUGGCUCUACUUGGUUCCAGGAUCUGUACCACCCUUAUGUGACUCAGAAUUGACCCGUUUAGAAUCAGAACAGGAUCGGGUCUACUCCUAAGUAGGUUCACUACCCGGUCUAUUCCUCAGCGUUGCAUCAUUAUAUUACUCAAUCUGGUCAUUGAUUAUACAAUAUGGUUCCAAAUGAAUUCUCAUACAUAUUUG